CCGUCCGUACCGACCCGUCCCCUUGCUGACAACCAACGCAAGCAUCUCAGCAUCAGCGCCAGAAUUGUCAACAACCAAAGCCAGCAGCGCCGGCGUCAGCGUCAUCAACGCUACGUAACGUGUUUACGUUUCUAAGCCCCAGUCGAGGUUGCGUGCGUGUGGUGGGUUUUAAUCUGUGUGUGAGCUCAAUUCGCGUAUUCGUAUUUGUAUCUAGCUUUCUGGCUGCUAGCCUCUGGGCUUGGACUGGAAUCGGAAAGAAAAAAGGCAGUAGUGCCCUGCUGCGUUGCGGAUCGCGCCAAUAAUAAAAACAAGCUAGCUGACGCCGCCGCCGUCUCUGUCUCGUUGUCGCCUCUGCCGUUGUGUUGCCGCUGCGGAUCUCUCGACUCUGAUCUGUCGCUCGAUAGUUAUUGUCUUAGUGUACGUUGUGGUGUCGUUUCUUGUUGCUGUUGUUACGCGCUUGUCCAAUACUUUAAGAAAUACGGAUAUUCAUAGACUCAGUCUGCUCCAAUAUGUAUAUAGAUGCGUAUUUCAAUAAUUCAUAUUGAAAGUGUUUGAAUCGAAUGGAAUGCCGUGCAAUUACAUGUGUUGUUAACCUGUGUGUUUGUGCGUUUUUUUUCCCAAUUGUUAUUUUUUUUGUAAUUGCUCAAUCACUCAAGCGCAACUGCUCCGUACAUACAUAGAAUUACAUAUUUUAAUACUUACAUAUGUAUGUAUGUAGAUACGUACGAAACAGAAAAGAUCGUAUUCCCAUCUAUUAUACACUAUAUAGUAUCUACAUAUCAGUCAAAGCCUUCCCAACUACCGUCCACUGCUGUUGUGUUUGCCUGUUUCUGUUGCCUCUGCCACCUCCUUGUCCACCGUGUGCAAUCAUAUGAAAUCCUCCAAAGCAUCUAACAUUAUGGAUAUUUGGCGAUCGCUCACAGUUGGCGCAUUUCUGCUGCUGGGACUCGUGUGCUUCUAUGGCCAUGUGGAAUCGUGCAAUGAAGUCGUCUGCGCAUCCAUCGUAUCUAAGUGCAUGCUGACCCAGAGCUGCAAGUGCGAACUCAAGAACUGCUCCUGCUGCAAAGAGUGUCUCAAGUGCCUGGGGAAGAAGUACUACGAGGAGUGUUGCAGCUGUGUGGAGCUUUGUCCGAAGCCGAACGACACGCGCAACUCGCUGUCAAAGAAAUCUCAUGUCGAAGAUUUCGAUGGUGUGCCUGAGCUGUUUAAUGUGUUGGUCACAACUCCGGAUGACAGUGAUAGUUUCGGCUACAAUUGGAAUGUGUUCACGUUUCAAGUGGAUUUUGACAAGUAUUUAAAAGGUCCAAAACUCGAAAAGGAUGGUCAUUAUUAUUUGAGAACAAAUGAUAAAAAUUUAGACGAAGCCAUCCAGGAGCGAGACAACAUUGUAACAGUUAAUUGCACGGUAAUAUAUCUGGACCAGUGCGUUUCCUGGAAUAAGUGUCGGAAGAGUUGUCAGACCACAGGUGCCAGCAGUACCAGAUGGUUCCACGACGGUUGCUGUGAGUGCGUGGGCUCAACAUGUAUUAACUACGGCGUAAACGAGAGUCGCUGUCGAAAGUGUCCUGAAUCUAAGGAUUUGGGCGAUGAUUUCGACGAAAACGAGGAGGAGAUGCAGGAUUUUGGUGACAACAUGGGUCCUUUUGAUGGAUCAGUGAACAAUAAUUAUUGAGAGCAGUGCGAUCAAAUGCCAUUUAAUGAACAGUGACAACAUUUAAAAAAUUUAGCUACUCAAUUCAGUGACAUUAUUAUUACGUAGUACGAAGUAAAAUUUGUAUAGCACUAU